AUGUUUCGAGCUCACUUCCGCCAGCUCAGCUCCGCGGUGGAAAGUGACCUGGUGCUGGUGGUGGUCGGAAAUAAGGCCGACCUCGGCUCGGAGCGCGCCGUGCCGGAGGCCGUGGCCCGCACCCUGGCGGCCGCGCGCGGCGCCCACUACUACGAGACGUCGGCGCGCAACAAUCUCGGUGUUGAUAACGUGUUCUACCACACGGCCCUGCAGCUCGGCCAGAGGAUGAUCUGCUCGUGCGCUACCCCCGGCGACUCGAGGGUCCCGGGACAGGGCGGCAGUACCAGCUACGGCACACUGAGUCUGGGAGGGGAGAGUUACCGCACUGUGAGCAGUGAGCUACUGAGGCUACAGCACGGCUCCUGCUGCUACUGAGGGUACAACAAGGCUACACUAAGCUGCUAGCUGCUACUGAGACUGCAACAGGGCUACAGCUGCUCCUGAGGUUACAGCACGGCUCCUGCUGCUACUGAGACUGCAAACAGCUGCUACUGAGGCUGCAGCACGGCUCCUGCUGCUACUGAGACUGCAACACGGCUCCUGCUGCUACUGAGGGUACAUGAGACACCCUGCUACUUAUGAGACUGCGGCACGGUUUCUGAUGUUACUGAGGCUACAGCUGCAGAGAUCCUGCUAUUACUGAGGCUCCAACAGGGCUCAUGCUACUACUGAGACAGCAUGUCACCUGCUGCUGAGUACUAACUAAGGCUAAAGCACGACUCCUGCUGCUUCUAAGUACCUUACUGCGGAUACAGUACGGUCUACAGCGUGGUUCCUGCCAUCCUGCCUACAGCAGGACUCCUCGUACCACGGAGUAUUUAGCAGGGCUCCUGCUGCCACUGCAGUUUUUUCAGUGGUAUUAUUCUUCAUGCUUUUAUUUGUUGUUACCUUGCUUUAAAACUAGCGAAUGCUGUUAUAGUGUGACGCUGGUCUCGAAGUUUGAACAUUUCUACAAGGAUGGUGUGUGUGCUCCGUAUGGCGCUGCAAUCAGUGUUUGUUUUGUAGACUUGAAAUUGACUAGCUGAACAGCGUUGAAACUUCCCACUAAAGUCACAUUCUUGUGAGUUGUGACGUAUUUCGUCUAAGUUAGUUAAAAGUAAAACACCCAACUUGCCAUCACUCUACACAUAUAUUUUCCCGUCUCACACUCAAAGCCCCAUCAUACCACCCUCGAAUUUUACACCCCGCACGCCUGAAUAGGAAAAUCUGACACCUGUCCGGGCCGCUAGUUCGGGUCCCCAUGCCACGUACAUAUAAACCAGCGGCGCUCUAAGUUCUAUCUAUGCGACAGAGUCUGAACUGUGCAACAAUUAGCGUGACCGCGAUAUCAUCCUUUCGGAAUAUCACAACAAGCCGUGGCGGAAAUAGAGAGCAUCCGUUACGAGACGCCGUAGUGAGAGCCGUUAUGUGGUGUUGAAUCUCAACGUAAGAGAAAUGGUUUGGUGCUGC